AUGUCUCAGGCGCUUAACAAGACGCGCAGAAAGAAGAAUGUCAAGAAGGGUAUCCAGUUCUGUCUGAUGGUCUGUGGUGCCUCUGGUACCGGCCGGACGACCUUUGUCAACACCCUCUGCGGCAAGCAGGUGCUCGGACACAAGGAGGUCGACGACCCAACAACGGCACACGUCGAGGAGGGCGUCAAGAUCAAGCCCAUCACAGUCGAACUCGACGAGGAGGGCACCCGCAUCUCGCUCACCAUUGUUGACACACCCGGAUUUGGAGACCAGAUCGACAACGAGGCCAGCUUCUCAGAGAUCGUCGGCUACCUCGAGCGACAGUACGACGGCAUUCUCGCAGAGGAAUCGCGUAUUAAGCGUAACCCCCGAUUCCGCGACGACCGUGUACAUGUCCUGCUCUACUUCAUCACACCCACCGGUCACGGUCUCCGUGAACUCGACAUUGAGCUUAUGAAGCGCCUCUCACCCCGCUGCAACGUCAUCCCCGUCAUCGGCAAGGCUGACUCCCUCACACCCGCCGAGCUCGCCGAGUCGAAGAAGCUGGUCAUGGAGGACAUUGAGCACUACCGCAUCCCCGUGUACAACUUCCCCUACGACAUCGAGGAGGACGAUGAGGACACCGUCGAGGAGAACGCCGAGCUCCGCGGCCUGAUGCCCUUCGCUAUCGUUGGAUCCGAGGACAUUGUUGAGAUCAACGGCCGACGGGUACGGGCACGCCAAUACCCCUGGGGUAUCGUCGAGGUCGACAACCCCCGCCACUCCGACUUCCUGGCUGUGCGAAGUGCCCUCCUCCACAGCCAUCUUGCCGAUCUCAAGGAGAUUACGCAUGACUUCCUAUACGAGAACUACCGUACCGAGAAGCUUAGUAAGAGUGUCGAAGGUGGUGCUGCUGCUGACUCGUCGAUGAACCCCGAGGAUCUUGCCAGCCAGUCAGUGCGCUUGAAGGAGGAGCAACUGCGACGCGAAGAGGAGAAGCUGCGCGAGAUCGAAGUCAAGGUCCAGCGCGAGAUCAACGAGAAGCGGCAGGAGCUCCUGGCCCGCGAGAGCCAGCUGAAGGAGAUCGAGGCCCGCAUGAACAGGGAACAGAGCGGCCAACUGCAAGACCACGACGCAGACGAGGCUUAG